AUGGAUAAGGAAGGUUGUCAAGGCUACCCAGAAGCAGGAGGAGGAGAUUCUGAAGGGAAGGACGGUAGACAGAAGAAACCCAAGACUUCUGAGGGCCUGGGAAGAAAAGGAGAGCUAGAUCCUGAGAAGGCUCUGGAAGUAGCAAGGUGUUUAAAAAGGAGGAUGAAAGACAUUCUGAAAAAGGAUAACACAAACAAUCUGGAAGGCCGGCCAGCAACGGGAAAGAUAGAAAAUGUUGAGGAAGUAUCUGACAUUCUGAUGAAUAAAGGGCUGCAGGAGAGCCUACUAGAUGAAGGAAUUCUCAAUGAAGUCAAGGGAUGGCUGGAACCUCUUCCAGACAGAUCCAUGCCCAACAUUAAGGUUAAGAAGAGACUCCUUGAUGUACUUAAGAGCAUGAAGAUCCAUAAGGAACAUCUAAUAGUCAGCGGUGUGGGAAAGAUUGUUUAUUUCUAUAGUAUAAAUCCAAAGGAGACUAAAGAAGUAAGGUCUAUGGCAAAGACGCUUGUCCAAAAAUGGACAAAUGAAGUCUUCAAGCCGGAGAAUGACUAG